AUGCCUUCCGCCGAAAUCAUCUCGACCAGUACAGGCGGGCCUAAUAUCGUGGGCGGCAACCCUGUAGCGAAGACCCGAUGCCUCCAGCCGCUAGUAUAUUCCGGAUCGCUGGACAGGUUCACAUAUGCCGACAUCACACCCGUCAUAGGCCGCGAGUAUGAAGCUCUUCAGGUGACUGAACUACUCUCGGCGGAUGACGCCAUGAUCAGGGAUCUCGCCAGCAUCAUCUCACAACGUGGAGUUGUCUUCCUGCGCGACCAAGUUGUCACUCCUCAGGAAAUGAAACAAUUCUGCCUCCGAUUGACAGAAGUUGCGGGAUGCCCCGAGUCGUCAGGCCUACAUGUCCAUCCGCUUACGGAAGAGGGUAGUGAGCUUGGAGACCAGGUCAGCGUUAUCAGUAGUGAGAAGCAGAAGAAAGGGGGUGGCCUCACUCAUCAGCUCAGUGAUGUUAGCCGCUUUGCCAGUGCUGGUUGGCACACUGAUAUAUCAUUCGAACCGGUCCCCUCAGAUUAUGCAAUGCUGAAAAUUCACACCCUCCCCGCGACGGGAGGCGACACUCUCUGGGCAUCUGGCUAUGAAAUAUACGACCGCUUGUCCCCCAGCAUGCAAAGAUUUCUUGAGGGCCUGACAGCCACGCACGAUGCGAGUUUUUUCCACGAGGAGGCGAGACGUCUUGGCAAUCCGAUCCGAAAGGAUACCCGAGGCUCCCCGCUGAAUACAGGCGAGAGCCUUCAAGCCAUUCAUCCUGUAAUUCGAACAAAUCCUGUGACGGGGUGGAAGUCUGUGUACGUCAAUAAGGGUUUCACCAAACGCAUCAACGGCGUCACCAAGGACGAGUCCGACAUGCUUCUCAGCUACCUGUUCAAUCUUGUGACCCAGAACCAUGACGCCCAGGUGCGGUUCAAGUGGCGCAAGAAUGAUAUGGCCAUCUGGGAUAACCGCAGUAUGUGGCACUGCGCCACCUAUGACUACCCUGAAGCUCGAGCAGGAGACCGAGUCGCCUCGCUGGGCGAGGCGCCCUACUUGGAUCUCUCAAGCAAAAGUAGACGCGAAGCGCUAGGACUAUGA